CUCCAAUCAACCUUGAUUGAUUGUUUGAUUUGUCGUCUUUCUACAUGUUUUCCACGAGUUUAUGAAAUACCCAGAUGCACCACUUUAAAUACAAAAGUUCUUUUUGAGCCAAUAAUUGCUACGUUCUUAUUCUGUUGACUCUAGCUUAUCGUCUUACACACUGAAAGGUCGCGCCAUCCAUCAUCAUGGAUUAUUCUGCCUCGAUCAAUGAUGCAGAUAAUCCUGCGGGCGCUUCUCCAUGGGGAUCUUCCCCUACUGGCUCACCACAGCAUCCAAAAUCCAGCACAUUUCCACCCAGAGAUAUUGUGUCACCGGCACCAUACAAUCCGGAUCAGCCAGGCGGUGCAGGCUAUUCGCAAGAAGACAUAAUGGGGACAGGAGGAUUCAAUCGACCUGAUAGCAGUGCUGGUGCAUCGGUCUCUGAUGCCGAAAGUCGCAGACCCGACACUGUUGAAUCAAGUCAAAGCGAUGCCGAAGCACAGCAAGGGUUUGUGCAGUAUCAACAGCACACAGCUCCACAGCAACAGUACCCAACGGGUCAACAUAGGCCGGAACCUCAGAGAUAUCAUCAUUCUGCUGCGCGACAAGGGCACCAUCCUCCGGCACCUCAUUACAAGCUGCAAGCAAAGAUCACCGGGCUGGAGCGCACUGGGAGGAAAGAUCCUAUCUUGCGAUUUGAUGUACACACCAAUCUUCCAAAAUUUAGAACAACACAAUUUCGCGAUGUCCGACGAACGCAUUCCGAGUUCAUCAAGUUAGCAGAUCAUUUAAUAUCCUCAAAUCCGGAAGCUAUAGUUCCUGCAGUUCCUCCCGCGUUGACAUCUGCUGGUGCUGGCACUGAUGAGGAUGAAGCGCGCGUCAAGGCGUCUCUCCAAAGAUGGCUCAAUUAUGUUUGCUCUAAUGAUGUAUUAAUGAGGGAUGAUGAGAUGGUUCUGUUUGUUGAGAGUGAUUUUGGAUACAGCCCGAUGCUGAAGAGGAAGCAACCAGCUACUGGAGUUCGCCGAAGAGUUAUCAAACAAUUUGCACCUCCACCCGAUGAUACACCAGAAUUACAAGAUGCAAGACCGGUGGUGAAGCUCUUUUACUUAGGAACAAUGGAUGCAGGACAUAAGGUAGACAAAUUGGUCAAAGCAAGACGAGGUCUUGGUCUAGCGGAGUCCGAUUUCGGCGUUAAAUUGGGCGCAAUGAAUAUCCAAGAACCUCAUCAAGGUCUUGCUAAUGCAUACCGUAAGCUUGGAAAGACAAUUCAAAGCACAGGAGAUUUUCAUGCAGCCCAAGGUACUGCUGAAGCCACAACCAUAGGGGAUCCUCUUCAGUAUCAUUCUCAAGAUUCAUUUAUCGUCAAAGAAACUCUCACGAACCGACACAUACUCCUGCGCGAAUUACUACAGGCUCAGCAAUUAACACGAAGCAAGCUUAAUGCCGCAGAUCGCUUAAAGGCCAGCUCGUCUGUCCGUAGGGAAAAGGUUGAUGAAGCCAUAUCAGCACUUGAUGAAGCACGCAGCAAUGAAGUUUAUCUUCACAAUAAAACCCAACGUGUCACGGCAAACUUAUUACUUGAACAACGAAGAUGGUUCGCUCGGACUGCUGCAGAUCUAAGAUUAAGUAUUCGAGAAUAUGUGAUUCGUGAAAUUGAAGCGGAGCGACGGACGCUGGCGACAUUGGAAAGCAUCAGACCUGAUAUACGAGCGAUCGAUGCUUCUGGUGGACUUAGCCGGUUGGGUAGAGAAUCCCACCCCGCAGCAAGGAGAGCCAGUCUUGCAGCCAGUCAGGGUCCUAAAGGUGAUUCUUGGUCUGGUGUUCCAAGACGCCCCGAUGGACUUAACCGGAGUAUUUCAGGCAGUUUCAUGUCUACUCCCGACGGCGCAAAUGGCGAAGAAGAAGGUGUGGGUCGUGAUAGGUCGCUCAGUGGCAGUACUGGUGGAUUGCCGGGCUUAAAAGAAGAAGAUGACGAGGACCGAGUUGAUGCGAGAAAUGCGGCGUCGAGAUUGGCUAAUGUUCUAUGAAGUGGUUUAUCGCCGAGAAUUCUUCUUAGCAAGAAACUUUCCCGGUAUUAUGAUCCGAGAAAAGGACCCUGGCCACACCCAUUGUAUCACCCAAAAUCUGUAUCGUUCAUGCAAAGUGUAUGCAAUACAAUAAUUUUUGUGCGACUUUAUCCGUUAAGCUACUGGUAUGAUGUAUGUUUUUGAUAGUACUUGACAUUAUUUGACAAGAUUAUUUGGGUACCAUCCAAAAUGGCCAGGUAAGUUUCCUCACCGCUUCAGUAGAUGUUUGCUUCUCGUAGAUUAGUAUGCACCUAUUGCAUAUAUAUCACUUAAAAAUGAGCCGCAAACCAGCUAGACCCUCGAAAAGUUUCCAGGGUUCCCGGUUAAAUGCAUAUA